AUGGCGUCGAGCGGAACACCGAGAGGAGGAAUGAGGCCUUCUGGAAGAUCUCCGCCUUUUGUCAUAAUUGGACUGUUUGUGGUGAUUGCAAUUUUAGCAUUCAACUACUGGAGUGUCUCUUCACGCAACAGUGAACUUUUGAGAGAAGUUUCUGAUCUCUCUAUGAAAUUAAGACUAGCGACUCAGAACAAGUUGAGCAUUGAAAAACGGGCGGAGGCCUUGUUGAGCCGAAUGAAAGAAAAUGAAGACAAUCUCAAAGUAGUUCAGAAAGAAUCGAGUCAGAAACUUGUAGAGAACAACGAUCUGAGUACGCAGAUUAGUCAUUUAAAGGAUGAAAUUGAUAAACACAAGCAAGAAACGGGUACAUGUAGAGACGAAGUG